CGCAUGUCCGACGCCAAAGACACCAUUUUCUUCUCGAGAACCACUUCGCUUUCGCACUCAUUCCGCCGUUGCUCCAGUUUAUAAAACGUAGUAAAUCAGUUAACAAAAGUCUAGUCAAGUCAGUUAAGGUUCUUUCAUAAUGAGUGCAGAAAGCGGUUGUGCUUCAUUGAACAUGGAAAAGAGUUCGGUUAUCCUUUUGGAUGUGGCCGGCACCACUACUUCAAUCAACUUCGUAAAGGAUGUGCUUUUCAAAUACGUCACCGACAACGUGGCCGAGUACUUGAAAGAAAAAUGGGACGAGGAGUCUGUCAAAGAGGCUGUCAAAAAAAUCAAAGACGAAGAUUUGGAACUCGAAGCGGCCGUCAAAGCUGUCAAAGAAAUGACAGAUGGCAACACCUCCAACCACGGUGUCAAAACCAUCCAGACCAUGAUGUACGAAAAGGGGUACGAAAAUGGUGGCAUCAAAACACACAUUUUUGACGAGGUGGCUUCCUGCGUGGAAACCUGGUCGAAAACGCACAAGCUGGCAACGUACUCUGUCGGCACCUGCGCCGCCCAGAAGCUUUUGUUUUCUCACACCGUCAGUGGCGACCUAACCUCGUUCAUCGCGAACUAUUUCGACCAGUCCGUCGUGGGCGAGAAGACCAAGAAGGAGUCGUACGAAAAGAUCGCCAAGGAGUUGGAGGUUAAAUGCGAGGAGAUCGUUUUCGUCAGCGACAACGUCGACGAGGUAAAGGCGGCCAAAGAGGCCGGCCUCGUUGCCGCCGUCAUCGAGAGAGACGGCAACGCAGCGCUCAGCGACGAGGUCAAGAAGGAGCAGGUGGUUUUGACUUCCUUCAAGGAUUUGACGUUCGAAAAUCCCGCCAAGAGAAAAAUCGAAGACGAACCGGCCGCUUCAGAGGCUCCUCCCACAAAAGUGGCAAAGACCGAAACCGCUGAGGAAAAAAUCGAAGCCGAACAGAAGGUGGAAAAAGAAAACGUAGAGAAAAAAGCAGCCGAAAAGAAGGAAGAAGUGGAAUCGAUGGAAGUCGAUUCUGCAACCGAAACACCAGAAACGAAGAAAAAAGAAGAAACGCCGGCAGCAACUGAAGAGAAACCGGCCGAAGCCGAAAAACCCGCCCCGAAGAAAGAAGAAGAAAAGAAGGAAAAAGAAGAAGAGAAGAAGGUAGCGGAAAAAGCCGACGACGAAAAGACUGAAGAGAAAAAAACCGAAGAAACGAAAAAAGCGGAAGAAAAGACUGAAGCGACCAAAACCGAAGAAACCGCCGCCACUGCCAUGGAAACGGCCGAAAUAGAGGAAACGAAGAAAGAAGAAGAAACAAAAAAAGAAGAAGCAAAAAAAACGGUGCCAGAAGAGAAGAAAGUAACGGAAGAAAAGAAAGUAGAAACUGAAGAAAAGAAAGUGGAAAAAGAAGAAAAGAAAGUGGAAAAAGAAGAAAAGAAAGUUGAAACAGAAGAGAAGAAAGUAGAAACGGAAGAGAAGAAAGUAGAAAAAGAAGAAAAGAAAGUGGAAAAAGAAGAAAAGAAAGUGGAAAAAGAAGAAAAGAAAGUGGAAACGGAAGAGAAGAAAGCAGAGGAAGUGGAAGUGGCGGAGGAAGCGAAGGAAGAGAAGAAAGAGGAAGAAGAGAAGAAAACCGAAGAAACGAAAGAAAACGGAACAAAAGCGGUUGAAGUUGAAGAAAAAGAGAAUAAAAGUGAGCUGGCGAACGGGGUUGAAAACGGCAACGUCGCAGCUGAGGAGAAACAAAAUGGGGAGGAGAAGAAGGAGGAAGAAGCAAAAAAAGAGGAGGAAAGUGAGAUUAAAGUGAAGAAACUGGAGGAAGCAGUCGAAAGCACACCUGUCGCUGUGGAAGUUUAAAAAACACACUGCCCCCAGAUGUAUUUAUAUAUUAUACGUGUAACAGGUAGUGUUCAUUUUUUUUUACUUUUUUAAUUUAUUACUUGAACCGUCGAGAUCCGUCUGUCGCUUUUCGGUUGUUUUUUUACUACGACAUAACCUUAUUUUAACCUUAAAAUAAGUCUGCUGCCCGGUUUGGUUUUUAUUGUUUCGUUUCGACAACUGAAUGUGAUUCUAUACUAAUUAAUAAAUGUUCCUGUUUUUGUGAAAUUUCGCGCAUAAUUUUUAACGUUGUGCCAAGGAUUGAAAAUUCAUUUGAAAAGACUGCUGAAAUCUGAAGACUGUUAUAAUAUCUCAUUUUUGCGACUUUCGACCCCAGUAUUAUACACUAAAUUAAACCAAAAAAAUACUCUCUCCUAAGUCUUAAGUCUUGUAUGUGAAGUAGUGAGCUUUUAAAAAUAUUUUUACGUUUUUAACCGAACAUUCCUUUUAAGUUGUGUACGUCUACUAUUUUAUUAGUUUUAAACAUUUAAGUUCCACAUUUCAGCUCAUAAAAUGUGAUAUUUCUAAAUUGGGAUGCUACAACUUUUUUCGAUCAAACGAAAACGGUAAAAUACGAUAGAUAAGUUGAAAUUUUACUCUUGUGGACUUGUUGUUUAUUUAUUUUUUUAUUAUUUUGUAUAAUGCGCGGCAACACUGUACGGCCGCCAUCAUUGUAUACGUUAAUUAGCACAUAAUAAAUUUUGUAGUGUUCUA